AUGCAUCGCCCCCUGAAGGCUAGCAACGCAGCGGAAGCCGUGGCGCAGGCCCGCGCCCCAGAGGACGUGCAGGAGGCAUACAUUGAACACAAGGACCGGCUCCUCAAUGCCAUCGAUACCGCCAAAAUAAUCCUCGGUGACCUCCGCAAAUUCAACAAGGAGUCAUGGGUCGUCCGCUAUCCUCAGCUGCAAGAGCAGCCAGAGGAGGCGGAACCCUCUAAGCCUAGGAAGCCGAAGGGUAUGCGUCGCUCGCUCUCGUUCCCCGAUGAUCCCACUUUCCAGGCGGAAGUUGUUGUCAACCCUGCUAGAGAGGGCAUGGCCCGCUCCGUCACUUUGGCGUCAAUUCAGGACGCGAGUGACGAGCCCGAAACGCCUGAGGUCGAAGACGACGCACAGCGACUCAUUGAUGCCUCCGAUGUUGCCGAGUUCCACUUGCUUCGCUUAGACCUUAAGCUCGGCGCCCAUGGUUCAUCAAACUCGCCGGCGUCUCUUGUGUCGCAGCUGGAGAAGUCAUCUAUCGCAAACCUCCUCGACGAGCGCAUUAGCUCUGCGGUGAACCACAUGGAUAAGCUGCGUACGCGAGUGGAGGACACGUCGUCGAAGGUCCUUGUCACAGGCGACCUGAACGCAGGCAAGUCGACGUUCGUCAAUGCACUGCUCCGUCGGGAGGUCAUGCCCAUCGAUCAGCAACCUUGCACGACGGCGUUUUGCGAGGUGCAUGAUGCAGUGGCGGAGAAUGGUGGAAAGGAAGAGGUGCAUAUACUCAAGGAAGGCGUGCCAUACGCCAUGGAUGAUGAGUCGACAUUCACCCGUGCUAACCUCUCGGAUCUAGAGUCGAUCGUCUCGGAGAAUGAAGACGAACAACAGAUCCUCAAAGUUUACUUAUCGGACACUCGGGAUCCAUCGAGUUCGCUACUCAGUAACGGCGUUGUGGACAUUUCGCUCAUCGACGCCCCGGGUCUCAAUCGGGAUCUUGUGAACACGACCGCAGUGUUUGCUCGGCAAGAGGAGAUCGACGUGGUCGUGUUUGUGGUGUCAGCCGAGAACCAUUUCACGCUUUCGGCAAAGGAGUUCUUAACGACAGCGAGCAAGGAGAAGGCAUAUAUUUUCAUCGUUGUCAACAAGUACGAGCAAAUCCGCGACAAGGCAAAGUGCAGGCGACUUGUGCUAGAGCAGAUAAAGCAGCUCAGCCCGGCUACAUUUAAGGAUGCGGAGGAUCUCGUGCACUUUGUUGAUUCUGCAGCUGCUAUCGAGAAUGGCACGCCUGCGUUCGCCGACCUCGAAUCAUCUUUACGCUCAUUCGUUCUCGUCAAACGUUCCAAGUCGAAGUUUAUGCCUGCCUCGACAUACUUAUACCACAUCCUUUCGGACGUCGAUCUGCUUGUCGGAACAAAUGCUAUCUUGGCUGACAAAGAACUGGAGCGUGCUAAGGAGGACCUCAGCAAGUCGCGGCCUGUGUGGGAGAAGAUGAGGAACGAACGGGAAGCGUUGGAUGAAAAUCUGGAGGCAGUUGAAGAGGACGGUGCCACCGCCACCCGAACUAGAACGAAAGACUUGCUCACAGACGCCCUUGAGCGUGUUGGGAGGGGCGAGCUCGGCGUUGAACAAGACGCUGUCAGGCUGCCGUCUUAUCCUGGGUUCUUCGGCAUCUGGGACUACGCCGGCGAAGUCCGGAGAGCGUUGCUUACCAGUCUCGAUAUCGCGGUCAAGAUGGCUGAGGAUGAGGCUCGUGUCACCACCUCGAACGCCGUUAAUCGAAUUACGCAGCUAGGUGACGAGCACUUGCCAGAAGGCGUCGAGCGUCCUCGUCGCGUCUUCAUGCCCGAGGCUAUGUUCUCCAUUCGUAGGAGCGACAAAACAUCGCGACAGAGGUCGCGGAGCACUGCAGGAGGCGCCGUUGUUGCGGGUGGUCUUCACGGACUGGGGAUUGGCCUCGCUCAGCGGCACGAUAUGCUCGAGACUGCGUUCUUCGAUCUCUUUGAUGUGCAGCAUCAGUUCUGGGUGCAUUUCGGCGACGAUAAAGUUGCUGAUGAGGAGAAGGCUGUCACCGCACUCGGCGUGGCGUCCGUUGGGCUCGGCGCGCUGACAGUCGUCGGCGGCAAAGCGCUUGGUGCCCGCGGUGUCCUCGAAGGUGUGGUGCGUAUUUGGGACAUGCUUGAGAACGAAUCAGCGCGUAGGUGGGCUGCUCCUGUUAUUGGAGCGGUCACGAUUGGCCUGUCGGUGUACUUCAUCCUCGAGCUUCCGAGUACCAUUCCCAAGACCGUGGGUCGUCGCAUCAAGGCAUCUCUUGCUAGGGAGGGCGAAGAAAAGGGCGAAGAUUUCGCAUUUGUUGACGGUCAUGCUCAGAGAGUCAGCCGGGAAACCAGGAAAGUUCUUCGCCUCGCUUCAUGGGAUCUUAAGGAUCGCUAUAGGAAGGCCAUGGAGGAGAAAGCUCGUGAGGUCCAGGGUGCGGAGGACGUCGCGCGUACGGCGACGAAAGCCCUCGAGUGGUUCAUCGAGGUUAAGCGGAGAUCAGGCGAAGUACGUGCACUCGUAGGGCGCGCUGCAAGCUUUGCAUAA